AUGAAGCUCUCCAUUGCCUCCAUCGCUACCCUGCUCAGCGCCGUCAGCGCCGCCGCCGUGCCCGCUGCCUCGACUGCUCCCGCGCUGCCCAAAGCCUUUACCCUCGUCGCGGAGGGCGGUUACACCCUUCUGACCAACGGAGAAAACAUCUACUUCGGCGGCAACGGCACGGACAAGGAAAUCCUCAUCCUGCAUUCCGGCCCGAACGGCGACCUAUCAUACACCCAACGGAACGCCGUUCCCACCGCCUUCCAGAACCUCUUCAUCGUCGAGAAGGACGUCCUGCCCCUCGGCCUGACCCGUCCUCACUCGGGCGCGCUGCCCGAGGGCGCCAACAUGACCGCCUUUGGCGUUAAUGAGAGGGGAUUCUUGACCCAGGGCGGGAAGGACUGGUUUGCUGUUGACGGAUACGGUGAAAACCCCGUGAAGGAGGUGUACUGGUAUGGACGGCACAGCUCGACGUACAAGGCGGCGCCCUUGUGGGUGAAGGAGUGCAGGGGUUGUUAG